CGCUUGUCCCUCGUUAUAUCCAUCACAAAAAAAAUUACCAGGCUAGACUAUUACACAAAGAUUUGGGCUGCAAAAAUAGCCAUUUGUCGUCCCGCACCCUGUGCUGUCGCUCCACGCCCUCAUCAAACCCCGAAAAUACACAACCCAACCCUAGAACCUUGACCCAUCUACCCUUCUUUUUCCCUUCUUCUCUCCUCUGUUGACUCUUUCCUCGCCUUUACUCCUCCUGCCAUCUCACGAACGCAUCUGCCGCAAAUCGAUUAUCUACUCGCAUUUAUACCUAUCAGCUGCAGCGUCUCUAUCUACCAGAAAAAAAUAUGUCGACCGAAUCCACACAACCGCGUACAGUCACAGUACCAGUAUCACAGGCACCACUCUCGCCCCGAUCAACAAGAGCAUCCACCGCCGUUCACGAUAGCCCCUGGUCAUAUGGUGCUUAUAACCCUGAUGAUACCAACAGGGCAUCAGGAGGCUACAACAACAACCGAGCCCCGCCGGACGAUCACCGAUUUCCAGCCCAGCAAGAGCCUCAAGAUCCCUUACGCCAUUCCAUGGCGCAACAGCAACAACAGUCAGCGUCUCCAUCUUACAGGCACGACGAUCCCAGGACGGGCGGCUACCAACCCACUUCGCCCAUGCAAGCCCCCACAUCACCUUCAUUGGACUACUCCCAGGCGCCCAUGUCUCCUCUUCCGCCAUACAUCGCACGACCACCCCCCGCAAUGGCACCGCCUCAGUAUUACCAAGAGAUUCACCAGGAGACUCAGGCGCCCGAUCAGAUGGGACCCAUGGGCACGGACGACCGGAUAGGACACGGAUAUGCAGCUGGAGAUGCGUCGGUCUGGGGCCCUGGAGGGACUGGUCGGUCGAGUCGUCAGGACGAAGAGAUGUUGUAUCGAUCUGCAGGGCAGUUCAAUCCUAAUAAGAGGUCAGGUUAUGGUGAAGAGGACCCAAAGCAGGGCGAGUGCUGUUCGUUUCUGAGGGACAUAGCCGAGUUCUGUCCGUGUUUCUGUUUAUGCUGCGUUUGCUUCUCGGCUCUUAAUUAGCCACAACAAAGUGGGCAGGGGUGUUUUCUUUUUUUUGGUAGGCGAUGUUGUAGGUCUUCCCAGGCUAGCGUGUCUAUAGCAUAUUCGCACAUACACAUUCACAUUCACAUUCACAUUCACAUUCACA